UUUUUUUAGCAGAGUGCGCAGUUGCACAAACUCUCGUUCCCUCUCUUCGACUGAUAAGUUUCUUGUCCCGGAGAGUUACAAUCUGGCUCAAAAACAUUUUUAAUAACGCUUUAUUUUGGACGUACCUUUUUUUUUUUUAACUCCGUGUGCAACAUAAGUGGAUGUUUUAAUCAGUAUGCACCAGUCCUCGUGAAGAAAAUCAACCUCGUACGUUUCUCUGCAAAACAGUCAUGUUCAAAACUGUGGCCAAGAUGAGCGCGGACGAUGUUUCGUCCAGAUGUAUUGAGUUUAUCAAGGAUCAACUCUAUUUUGCCAUACUAAAGCAAAAGAUCAAGAACACAGCUGAACGACACUGUUUCUGCAUAGAUGAAGAGCUGUCAUAUGAGAACUUCUAUGCGGACUUUGGUCCCCUAAAUCUGGCCAUGUUUUAUCGCUUCUGUUGCAAGCUGACAAAGAAGCUCACGUCCAUUACGCUCUCAAGAAAGAAGAUCAUAUUUUACACCUGUGGAGAUCAGAAGAAACAAGCCAACGCCGCCUACCUAAUCGGCUCUUAUGCAGUAAUGCAUCUAAACAUGAUGCCAGAGGAUGCCUACAGUCUGCUCGUGUCAAGGAAUUCAACAUAUAUUCCAUUCAGAGAUGCUUCGUUUGGAACCUGCAUGUACAAUCUGAACAUCCUAGAUUGCCUUCGUGGUGUUCACAAGGCUCUGCAGUACGGCUGGCUCGACUUCUCCAACUUUGAUGUGGAGGAAUAUGAGCACUACGAGAGGGCAGAAAAUGGCGACUUAAACUGGAUCAUUCCAGGAAAGUUCCUUGCAUUCAGUGGGCCUCAUCCAAAAAGCAAAAUAGAGAAUGGGUACCCUUUGCACGCUCCCGAGGCCUACAUCCCAUACUUCAGGAAUCACAACAUCACCACGAUCAUCAGACUCAACAAGAAGAUGUAUGACGCCAGGCGUUUUACAGAAUCUGGCUUUGAGCACCACGAUCUGUUCUUUGUGGACGGGAGUACACCAAACGACGCCAUCGUCAGGAAGUUCCUCAACAUCUGUGAGAACGCAGAAGGAGCCAUUGCUGUCCACUGCAAGGCUGGUCUGGGGAGGACUGGCACUCUGAUCGGCUGUUACAUGAUGAAACAUUACUGCCUGAGCGCGGCAGAGGCCAUUGCCUGGAUACGGAUCUGCCGACCAGGGUCCAUCAUUGGGCCUCAGCAGAACUUUGUUGAAGAUAAGCAGAACAGUCUGUGGGCUGAGGGAGAUGUUUUCCGGGAGAAGAUGUUAAAUGAACAAGAGAAUGGCAAGAUCGCUGUAACCAGGAUCCUGACUGGUGUGGAUGACAUAACCAUCAACGGGAGCAACAAGAACAGGGCCUCCAAGAAAGAAGAUCUGGACCUGUAUAAUGAUGACGAGGAGAGAAAUGGCCUUACACAGGGGGAUAAACUGCGAGCUCUGAAGAGCAAGAGGCAGGCCAGAUCAUCCUCCGGUUCCCUUUCACAAGAAGAGAAUAAGAUUCACACCAGGUCUUCAUCACAGUCCCUAAGCAGGGUCAUAUUGCAGGCCAGUGGUCAGGGCUGCACGGCCAGCGUCAACCCCUUGGCUCUGUCUGACCAAUCAGACAGCAGGAAGAGGACCAGAACCUCACUGCCAGCAAACGGACUAGGAGGAAGCUCCCUGUGCCACACCAGACUGGUCAGGUCCCUAGGCAACUUACAUGUAGUGGCUGGCGACAGGGAGCCAAUGUGUUGGGAGCCGUGUGGCAGCCGUAGAGACACAGCCAGUGCCACAGCCAACACAGGCGCUCUCAUCAACUUAAACAUGGCACAGGUCCACCUGCAGUCACUCCAUACCCAAAGCUAGAGCUCCUCUACUCCGGUGAGCCUGAGGAUCCUCAUGUGAAAUCCAACUUCUAUACACCUGUACUCCUCUUUCAAUAGAUUUAAGUUCUAAGAAAUGUUGGAACAAACUUUAACCAACUUGAUGUGACAUGUAAAUCAUUUAUACAUUAGGUUGUUUUGAUUACAAGUUA